UCAGGAAGAAGAGGAACACGUCACCUACUUAUUUGAUUUGAAAAACACGUCUUCAUUGCCAUUGCCGUCAUCUGCUACUUAUAUUUCACCUUCUGUUGAAGUCAUGAUGAGGAAACCUCUUGAGACUGUGGAUUAUCUACAACAACGUUCAGUUUGGGCUGAGGCUGUUCAUCUAUGCCAACAAGAAUGCAUUCGAACUUCAAGAGUUUCAAAUGCCUUUAAAGCAUAUGUAACAAACUUAGUUGCAAAAAAUUCAAGUGCUCACAAAAGUGUCUCUCGCAUGACUGCCGAAAUGAAUAAAUUGAUGGCAAAAUGUUCCUUUUUAAAACGCGGUCUUGAGUUGGACAUCAAAUAUUAUAAGAAGCAAUAUAAAAGGGGUGGAUUUUGUAAGUAUUUUUGUAUUCAGUGCGUUUGUAUUUUAUCAUAAUUUAUUUUCUAUUUUAUCGUAAUUUAUUAUUCAUAAGUUCCUACUCAUGCU